AUAUAAAAUUCAUCAUUAGAAGAUUAACCGACGACUUGGUGUAAAAACCUCUUCACUCUGCCAGUUUAUACACAAAUAGCUUGUGCGUGUAAACCGGCCCUUAGGUGAAGUAGUUCAAAUGUCCUGUGCCAUCUGUUUUUGACAUUUAAAUUUUUCAUUGUUUGUAAAUAAUUGUCGCAGGUUAUGUUAUGAAUUUGAAAUUGGUAUAAUUCUUUUCUGUUCGCUUCUAAUUAUCACCCAGAGUUCUAAAAUUAUUGUAAACAUAUCUUACAAAAAUGGACCAGUAUGAAGUGCUCGGAUCGCUAGGUGAAGGUUCUUUUGGUAGAGUUUAUAAAGCAAAACAUUUGAGUAAUGGGCAAAUCGUCGCCCUCAAAGUUAUAAGCAAGAGAGGACGGUCAUUAAAAGAAAUAAAGGACCUUAGAGGAGAAUUCGAGAUACAAAGGCAUCUGCACCAUCCGAAUAUUAUACAAAUGUUAGAUUCUUUUGAGAGCGACAAUGAGAUAGUUGUGAUAACAGAGUUUGCUCAUAAAGCAUUGAACACUAUUCUUGGUGAAAAUGGGUAUUUAGCAGAAGAUCGUGUACAAAAAAUUGUUUGGGACCUUGUUUCUGCCCUAUAUUAUUUACAUUCACACCGUGUACUUCACAGAGAUUUGAAGCCUCAGAAUAUCCUUCUGGAUACAAAAGAGCACGCAAAACUUUGCGAUUUUGGAUUUGCAAGGAAUAUGAGUACAGGCACCCAUGUUUUAACUUCAAUCAAAGGCACCCCCCUCUAUAUGGCCCCUGAAUUAAUAGACGAGUUGCCUUAUGACCAUAAUGCAGAUUUGUGGUCUCUGGGUUGUAUUAUAUAUGAAUUACUAGUAGGGGCACCGCCUUUUUGUACAUCAUCUAUACUUCACCUCAUAAGGCUGAUUAAGCAUGAACAGAUCCAAUGGCCUUCUUUUUUGAGCAGCAUUUGUGUAUCCUUUCUUAAGGGACUAUUGCAAAAGGAUCCAAAGAAAAGAUUUAGUUGGACUGAAUUAUUAAACCAUCCUUGGGUAAAGGGUAAUAUUUUAGUUUUAGGAGAUGAUCUUACAAAGCCACUCACAAAAACGUUAUCUAUGAAUACAAUGACACUAAAAGAUAUUCAAAGGAAGGAACGAACUAGUCAAAAGUCCGGAGAUAGGGUAUCUGAAGAGAAUGAAGUGAAAAAGAACACGCCCAAAUCACCAAAGGGGUCUGAAAAGAGUGAAUGUGAAAACUUAGAUGCUGAAAAUAACAAUGCAGAAAUUAGUGAUAAGAUGGAUCGUCUUUCAUUAGAUUCUAAGGAGGAAGAUAUAAAUGUUCAUGAAACACAAAAUAAAGACUGUCGAGCAAAGCAGGAUAAAAAGUGUGAUUCAAAUACAGAUACAGAUUUACAGAGCAGUAAAAGUCAUAAUCGAGUUACACCUUUGAAAUUCUCUGAGGAGACGCAUCCAAUCCAAACUGAAGAAUGGAGCGUUUUUCUGAGAAAGGCUACUGCAGAAAUUAUGAGUCAAGAGCUAGCUUAUUUAACGCAGUCUCAUUUAACAAGCAUAUUAGUUUCGCCCUUAAAAAAUUCCACAACAAGUCCUGAAGUGCUGACUCAUAUUGCAAAGUUGAUGUCAAUUCCGUUCAGUACAAAGAACUUCCCAAAAAAAACUCUUGAAACUAUAAUGAAGGUUUAUCUCGAAGUAAAAGUAGUGCCCAACUUGGUUUAUUCAUCGAAAUUGCUGCUCCGUGAGAAAAACCCUACUUCAGAUUGCAAAGAAAGAUAUAAACUCAUACUACAUUGGACGGAAGAUGAUUUGGGAGUGUUAAGUUCGUUCUAUAUCCUCAUUUCACAUUUGGUACAUUUGGAAGAGGAAUUCCUCAGCCAGUUCUGCGACACACUGGCUAUCUUGAAUAUUUUCAGUUUAUUGCGCAAAUUUCUCAGUCUGUCAAAAAGAAAACCCAGAGUGGUAUUGGACGUGGUCAACAUUCUAACUCUUAUGAUAUGGAAAUCGACGACAUAUUCAGAGUUAGUCGAAAAAAUAUUGACAAACGAUGUUGGGAAUGAAGAAAAUCCUUUCAAUUUUGUGAAUCUUCUUCGUCAUGAAAAUGCUCUCUUGAGGGAGAGAGUGUGCUAUUUUAUGUUCUUUUUAGGGAAAAAAUGUCCCAAAAAUCUCGAGUUGCUUUGGGAUGAUAAUGUAAAGGAGACUCUGGAGGCUCUAAUGUUUGAUUCAAUUGGAUCUGUGAGAAAUGCUGCAGAAAGAUGUGUUGAUGAACUAAAAAUGAUGGAAUUUUAUAAAUAGAUUUCACCUAAGAAUUCGGAAUUUAUUUUCAAAUUAUAACAGUGCAUAUGGAAAUUAGUUCUGUUGAAUAAUACCUGCUGAUAUGUAUAUAUCAGCCAAUGUAAUGUAAAAACCAUUUAUCAAGGAAAAGCACACAUAGAUCAGUGACUAUGGUUCCUCAUCAGUUCAAGAUAUCCAACUUAGAUGCUAAACAGCAUGAAAUUACAGAUCUUAUGAUCUCCAGAUUAUAUCCUAAGAGCUAAAUUGCUUUGUAUGUGUUUACUUUUUGGUAAUAAAAAACUAUAAUCAU